AUCGGUCCCCAGUGAGGGACAGCAGUCUUUCAGAGAGCAUAGCUCAAGCAACAAUCUUCCCAUAAGACAGAAUUGGUGCAUUUCCAUAUCCUUCUAUUUCAUUUCGUGUCCAAUCCUUAGAUCCCAAAGUCUCAUUUUUCAACCCGUUCCCAUCAACCACAAUGGCCAAUGAAAAAGAACAGGCGCGCAGGAAGCCCUGUCAGAAUGGUGACGGAUAUGAGUCCUCGUCGACAGAUUCAAAAUCGGCCGUGACUCAUGAUACGGCCUCGAUCAUGGUCGAACCCGAUAAUGAUGAAUACCAGGACGAUGGCACAGAAGACGAUAGUGAUACAGCAGAUGGUUCCAAUCCAGGGGUCGAACAGGACCUGCAAUAUAAUGGGGCCCAGUUUUCGGAUUCAGAACUAACCGUCGAUCUUGCAUAAUUGUGGCGGCAAAGUCUUCGUAUCGCGUGUCUUUGCAUGGUUGAAGUUUGACCGCAUUUCGAUGUUAUGUCGGGCACUGAGCCCUCUGGAUUUUCUUUUUUAUCGUUUCGUGUGGUCUAUUGAUUACAUCAGCCUUAAUAUUCCAUAUGUUCAAUUUCGUUCCACAUAUCAAAACGGAGAGAUUUUGUGUCAGAGAGAAGAUUAUAACUCGUCACUGCAAUACACAAUCUGCAACACC